UAUUUAUCUGUAACUAUUUAUUUUCUCAAAAUAUUAUUAUAAAAAUAGCGGGAAAUGAAACAAAGGAAACCCAGUCGGGUGGGUGUCGUUCAAACAUGGAGUGGUGGGUGGAGCUAUGAUUUAAGCUCCUGUGAUUGGCUCUGCUCCAGUUCAUAACGCCUUGAAUGAUCCAAUUUAAUACAAGUUUAUGGGUCUGACCAAUGACAACACGGAAUCACAAGGUCCCACAGAAUUAGCAUAGGCGAGUGAAUAAAUAGCCCGGUAUGAGUUCAGCCUGCUACUGAUAUCUAAGAGUUUGAGUCGAAAACAUUAUCAUGCCUGAACCAGCGAAGUCCGCGCCGAAGAAAGGCUCCAAGAAGGCCGUCACCAAGAGCGCCGCGAAAGGAGGAAAGAAGCGCAGAAAGUCCAGGAAGGAGAGCUACGCCAUCUACGUGUAUAAAGUGCUGAAGCAGGUUCAUCCUGACACCGGGAUCUCUUCGAAGGCGAUGGGCAUCAUGAACUCUUUCGUCAACGACAUCUUCGAGCGCAUCGCCGGUGAGUCGUCUCGUCUCGCUCACUACAACAAGCGCUCCACCAUCACUUCCCGCGAGAUCCAGACCGCCGUGCGUCUGCUGCUGCCCGGGGAGCUGGCUAAACACGCCGUGUCUGAGGGCACCAAGGCCGUCACCAAGUACACCAGCUCCAAGUAGAGCAGUCCGACACCGAGACACACCCCAAAGGCUCUUUUAAGAGCCACCCAUCCACUCACCCGAAGAGCUCUUUGUUAU